UAUUACCGGUAAUCACUGACACAGUUUGGUUUGAAUUUCAAAGUCUGUACAAAAACGUCAAUUUGAACGCAUGUACAGUGCGAAAGGGCUGGUACAGUGUGCAGUGGAUAGCACUGUCAUCUCACAUCAAGAAGGUCCCGGGUUUAAAUCCUGGAAGGGGCAUUUCCGUGUCUGCAUGUUGAAAACUGCAUGUUCUCCCCAUGUGUACCUGGGUUUCUUCCAGGUGCUCCAUUGUCCUCCCACAUGUCAAAAGACAUGCAGUAGGCUAACUGGAGAGUCUAAAUUGCCCCACAGGUGUGGGUGUGUGAGUGAAUGGUGUGUGCCGUGUGAUGGAUUAGUGACCUGUCCACGGUGUAUUCCUGCUUUUGGCUGGGAUUGACUCCAGCACCCCUGUGACCCUGACCAGGAAUAAGUAGGUUAGAUAGCGGAUGGAUGUUUGAAUUCACAAUAGAUUGCAGUAGAUUUACAACAAACAAAAAAAUCAAAUAGAUAUUUUUAAUGUUGAUUUUUAAUCCAUAGUUGUGUUUUGAAUGUUAAAAGCAUUCUUCAAGCAGGGAUUCAUGUGGAUGUUUGUUACAUUUGUAGAAAUCUUGGUCUGUAAUUAUAUUUUCACACUCAUUUAAAGCCAUGGAAGUUGAUUAAGAGCAAGGAUGAUGUCCCAAGCAUCUAGGUGCCAAAUCAGAUGACCAUCCACAGUCAUGAACUGCAGUCAACAGGAUCUCCAUCGAGAGUGGGAACCACUGCUCAUGCAGCAGUCUAAUCAUGAUUAGCCAGAGUGCAGAAGUGGACCACCAAUUGAAUGGAUUUUGUAUCUGGUUCUGUAUGCCAUGUUAGUGGUGAUUACAUUAGUCCCUCAAAGACCACCAACAUGUCAAAUAACUGAAAUGCUGCAGUACAAAAGAUAUUUAAUCUCAAAAAGAAAUUCUGGCCUAAUUCUGCCCUGCAUGCAUGGUUUGGUGUGUUUCGGUGGACCUGGAGUAUUGUUUUGUUGAAUUCAGCAUACAGGGUUUCCACUGGGUUUUUGUCCCAUUGUAAGUAGUCUUAAUGGCUAAGUGGGCCCCAUACCUCACUUCCAUAUAGCACAAUCAGCUGUAAUACGCUGUCAAUUCUUUUUAAACAUAUUCUUAUUGGUAUUUUAAUGUUGUAAAAUUUUCAUUUAACAGCAUAAAAUUCCCUUUUAGUUUUGUCCUUUAGAACAUUCACUGGUUGAUUAAAACUCCCUGAUGCGUUGAUUUUCAGACCAAAAUAUGUGCAAUUUGUGGUGUGUUCUAAUAUUGCGUCACAUAAAGUGAAACUGCAUCUGCUUCUCUGAAACCUGGCCUUUUUUUGGAAAAUCAUUAUUUUGGUCUAUUUAAAAUUUACUGCCAGGGCCCAGGACAGCCAAGUUCUGCUGUAGCCCUUGUUCUGUCUGAGGGCGACAGCAGAACCAAGUCAUCUGCACAAAAUUUAAAUUUUAUUUUGGUGUCAUGUUGUCAGGGUGAGGUGCGGUAGGACCCAAGCGCAGAGUAAAACACAGAUAGUGAAAGGUGUAAUACAAAUGAAGGCUUUACUCACAAAAACAAACAAAGAACAAACAAAAGGUCAUGAGGGGCAAUUCCAAAAGAAAACUCCAAAAUACUUAAAACAGAAAAAACACAUGUAGAGUGAGCAGAUUGUUCCAACAUCUCUCUCUCUCUCUGGGAUAGGUCCCUAGAUAAUGGCUACUGGGAAAAAUUUGUGUCUUGAUGAUACUAUGGUCAUUACUGGCACUUUCAAAACUGAUUUCACUCUUGCUGCUCAGGGGAACACAAGGGCCUAUAAAAAAGGAACCAUUGAAUGGAACCGCGAGAGAGGACCAAUGGACGGGCCAUGGCAUCCACACAUUCAGUGGGUCUGACAGAAUUUCUCAGGAAAACCAGCAUGAGUAACGUGACCUACAACAAUCCCAUCCUGGAGAUGGAGGGCAUUGACGUUCCCCAUCUUUUCAUUUACCCAGUGUUUGUCCUAGUGUUGGUAAUCUACCUGAUCAUCCUGACCACCAACAUAGGGGUCAUGCUGCUUAUUAUGAUGAACAGGAACCUGCACCAGCCAAUGUACCUGCUGUUCUUCAGCCUGUCCUUCAAUGACGUCCUGGGCAACACGGUGCUUCUGCCGCGGCUGAUGUUGGACGUGGUCUCUACCGACAGGUCUAUCAGCUAUGCCUCGUGUGUCUCCCAGGCCUUCUUCAGCCACACCUAUGGCACGUCCUGCCACACAGUGAUGAUGAUCAUGGCUUUCGACAGGUACGUGGCCAUAUGCCACCCUCUGAGGUACACCUCCAUCAUGAGCCCUGCCAUGGUGGCUACACUGACUGUGUCUGCCUGGAGUAUCUCGAUAACACUGGUUUCCGUCCUGCUGGGCCUCACCAUACGGCUAACCCGUUGCCGUUCUGUCAUUCUCAAUGCCUACUGUGACAACGCGUCCCUUUUCAAGCUCUCCUGCCAGGAUGUGAGCAUCAACAACAUCUACGGUCUGACAUUCACUGUUGUCCUUCUUGGCUCCUCCAUGGGCAGUGUGGCCUUCACGUAUUUCAGGAUCCUGGUCAGCUGUGUCUCCAGAAAGAACAAGGAGCUGAACAGGAAGGCCCUGCAGACCUGCGCCACACACCUGGUCCUCUACAUGAUCAUGCUCUGCUCCGGCUUCCUCAUCAUCAUUUUGCAUCGUUUCCAGAUAGACAGCAAGUACCGGAAGAUGGCGUCUAUUCUCUUUCACAUCCUUCCCGCCAACAUGAACCCCAUCAUAUACGCUAUGCAGACCAAGGAACUAAAGACCAAAAUUGUGCAGAUACUUCAUUCAAAAGUAACCCAGCUGCAGACAUUUGAAAAUUAGCCUCUGAGUUACCUCUGCCGCAAUAUACUGGAUGCACUUACAGAUAUGUUCAUGCAGUAUGCAGUUAUAGAGUUCCUGUCCUCUUUUAUAUCAAUGGGAAGUGUGACUUGUUUUCAUUUAAUACAUAAUCAGUGAUAAUAACAAAGAGAGUCUAUUGUAUAAUAAAGAGUUUGCAAAUGUAUUCAUGCCUUAUUUAGUUGACAAGUCAGUCUGUAAUUUUGAGUUUUGUAGGCAAAUAUAAUUUGAUAAAUACAGCAAAUUACACGUAGCUCAGAUGGCAUAUGAUAGAAUGUAUUAUCCGCUUCUACUUUGUUGAAACCAUUUUAGCGAGCAUAUUUCUGUCCUUUCAUUAUAAAACAUUUAGACAGUUUUGUAAUUCUGGUGGUGCCGUCCUAUAGAACUCCACUCCACUGCAAAAGUAAACUUGUGUAGCAAACUUAUCUCAUAAAAUAAGCCACCUGAUUCUCAGUGUAACUAAUGUUUCUUACUGUACCAAGGUCAUGAGUCAAAUCAUUUAUAUGUAAAUGAAAAUAAAAGAGAAAUAUAUACAA